AUGGCAUCAGCAACCGGUAUUCCGCAGGCAAAUCCCGCCUUGCAAGAGGAGGAACCCCUCUUGGGUCGUCCAGGAGAUGUCACACAACGGCCAGGACAAGGGUUGCAGUUCAAUCUCAUCAUAGGAACCGCCAUCCUCGCACAGGCAGGCAUAUUCAUCCUCACGGCCCUCGUGUGGGCCGCGGUAUUCGAAGCCGACUUCAUCUUCUUCUCCUACCACCCCUUGUUGAAUUCCCUGGCCGUUCUCCUUCUGGUACAAGGCACACUGGUCCUGCAACCAACGGCACUUCCAAAAGACAAAAUCAAUGGAGCAUAUGUACACUCAAUGUUCAACUCACUGGCUGUCGCAGCACUGAUUGCUGGCUUGGUUAUCAUCGAAAUGAACAAGGCGUCACACCCCGAGACUCGGUUUCAGAGCGUACACGGCAAAAUGGCGUUGGUUGCUUACGUACUGAUAUUCAUUCAAUGGUUGAUCGGGUGUGCCACGUUCUAUACUCCAGAGCUUGUGUUUGGUACGAUUGAUCGAGCCAAGUCCCUGUACAAAUAUCAUCGAAUUUCCGGCUAUAUUCUCACGGUCUAUCUGCUGGCUGUCAUCGCCGCUGCCACUUCAACAGCAUUCAACAAGAAUGCGUUGCAUAUCAAAUUGUGGGCUGUCAUUGUAGCCAGUGUCUUGGUGCUCGCUGGUGUUAUUCCACGGAUCAAAAAGCACAAACUGGGGUUUUAG